UAGACGAUCUGACUGCUGAAAAUGGAGCAAACUCCCGAAAGAUCACUUAUCUGCGAUCGAUUGUUUCCACUGAUAAUUAACUUGAGCUAAACACGUUACAACGGCGUGUUUUCCUUAAGUAUGGUGAAACAAGUUUAGGAUUUCUUCCGUGGCGAGAAACAAAAAGCACUUGAUUUGAGCUUUUUGCAUUAACUUUAUGCAAGAACUUAAUUUGCUCAUUAGGACAUUCUUUCUGGGAUUUUCGCAAAAGGGAAGGUUAAGCAGAAUUACUUGCAUGCCUUUCAUCUGAACUGGGGUGCUUUAAAAGGAGACUUCUUUCACGUUCAGAGCACUCCGGCAGUAUAGUGGAGUGGUGUACAUUCCUGCAUACUACUGAGUCGUAAUCACAAGCAAAAUGGUCACUUCGUACGCUUUACCGGAAGGGUUCUCGGACUUUGAUAUGGUCGCAUUUGGAUCUGCAUUUCUUGUGGGAGGUGUCCUUGGAUUCUUUCUCAAUGCCAUCUCAAUUGUCUCAUUCCUUGCCGUUAAGGAGAUGCGAACCCCAAGUAAUUUCUUUAUAUUUAACCUGGCCCUGGCUGAUAUUAGUCUGAAUGUGAAUGGCAUCAUUGCUGGUUAUGCAAGCUUUCUAAGACACUGGCCCUAUGGGCCUGAGGGCUGUCAGAACCAUGGCUUUCAGGGAAUGGUGUCUGUCCUCGCCAGCAUGAACUUCAUUGCUGCAGUUGCCUGGGACAGGUACCACCAGUACUGCACCAAGCAGAAGCUGUUUUGGAGCAGCUCAAUGACGAUUGCUGGCAUAGUCUGGGUGUUGUCUAUUUUCUGGGCUUACCUUCCCCUGAAUGGAUGGGGUGAAUAUGACUUUGAGCCCCUGAGAACCUGCUGCACCCUGGACUACAGCAAGGGUGACAGGAACUACACCACCUACAUGCUGACCCUGACCUUCUUCUACCUGAUUAUCCCGGCUUUGACCAUGCUCACGUCUUACCAGUCCAUUCAAAAGCAGUUCAAAAAGACCAGGCAGUACAAGUUAAACACUGCCUGGCCAUUGAGGGUAACGUUGCUUUGCUGGGGUCCUUAUGUCCUCCUCUGCAUGUAUGCCAGUGUAGAAAAUGCCAGGCUUGUCCCUCCAAAGUUGAGAAUGGUGCUUCCUGUUUUGGCAAAAACCGCCCCCGUCUUUCACGCCCUGCUGUAUGCCUUCGGAAGCCAGGGCUACCGAGCGGGAAUCUGGCAGUUCCUCACCGGGAAGAAAAUGGCACUGGCUGAGAAGUCUAAAUAAAUAAAACCCUUCAUCCAUUGA